AUGAGAGACCGAGCCUCUUACACUUCCUCUAUGACAGAGAGGUUCCGGGCUCAAGUACGACGACGCCAAGUGAAUCUCGAUGCCCUGAUUGAGGGACCUCUUGUCGAAGUUCAUCUGGACGACGAUGACCUUGCAAGAGAUGUUCGCGCAUUUGCUCGUAAUCUUCCGGAUGUUGCUCCCGGGGACUUGCUCAGAGCUGUCCGAAUUGCCAGAGAAAUUCGAGCAUACACCGACGAAACCCUUCAAGGCUCGCUCCCCGAUCCACUUACUGAUGAAGAGAGAAAAGCGCUUAAAGCUGAACGGGAGAAGACGUUCUCCCAAAGCGGCAUGAAGAUUAUCAUAAUCACUGUGGCUCUUGCAGCACUGCUACAAGGUCAUGUCCAAGCUUCAAUCAAUGCUGGAAGUGUCUUUGCUUCUUUACUAGGGGUCUCCAGCGAUGACGGCCUUCAAAGUGGAAAGGUGUGGAAGCUUGGCGCCAUGAACGCCGCACCGUACUUGGCUGCUGCCUUGUUGGGCGCUCCUCUGUCUUUGCCAUUGAACUAUUGGAUGGGAAGGCGUGGCGCAAUUGCAUUCGCAGCGGCUUUCAUAUUCGCCAGCUCUCUAGCUUCUGCAUUUAUACACACCUGGUAUCAGCUUCUCGGCGUCCGUAUUAUAACUGGAAUAGGGAUGGGUGUUAAAGCUGUCAGCACCCCCACACUAGCCUCCGAGACAGCCGUUGACCAUUGGAGGGGCUCAUCCAUCCUCAUGUGGCAGCUAUGGGUCGCCUUUGGCAUUAUGAUGGGCGGUGUCACUAAUCUCGUUCUGGUGGCGGCAACGAAUGCCCUGAGCUUCGACGCCAGUAUGAACUAUCCGGAGGGUUCUGAUGAAGCAUCAAGAGGAUGGCUAGCUCUCAGACUAAUUCUGGCCGCCCCUAUGGCGCCUGCGGUACUUACAUUGAUUGCAUUAGCGUAUUGCAUGGAAAGCCCUCGAUUCUACAUGCGGAAAAACACCCCUAACUACCGACCUAUGCGUGCAUACGAAAUUCUCAGCAGCGUGCGAAACACUCAGUUCCAAGCUCUUAGAGAUGUUUAUCUCAUCCACAAGAAUAAUGAGCUUGACGAAGAGACUGGUGACAUGGAGAAACCAGAACUAUUCCAACAUAGCUCUAGUGAUAACCGAAAACACGGUCUGACAUUUGCCAGCCACAUGUCCUUUGCCUUUUCAGAUGCAUAUCGACAAUACAGUCAUCUCCUACAUACUCCUCGCCUACGGAAUGCUGUGUUGAGCACAUGUACAGUGGCUUUGGCACAACAACUCUGCGGAAUAAAUGUUCUUGCUUUCUACUCUAGUAUAACAACUUGCGAUCGCGUCAAUUACCACAAAUCCUGGCCACUGACCGUUACCAUAGAUGACUUCUUCAUUCAAACACAUAGAACGCUACAAAACGCACUGCUCUACAGUUUCGGAUGUGGUGCGGUGAACUUUAUUUUUGGUCUCUUCGCGAUCAGAUCCAUAGAUAACUUCGGACGGCGCCGCUGGCUUUUAGUGACCCUCCCAAUGAUGUUCCUGCUCUUGGGCGCUGCAGGUCUGUCCUCCAAUAUCGAGAGCCCAGAUGUUCGAGUCGGGAUCGUUGCACUAUUCAUCUUCUUGUUUGCUGCGGUAUAUUCUCCUGGACUAGGACCAAUUCCUUUUACCCUGGCGUCUGAGAGUUUCCCAAUGUCGCAACGAGAAGCAGGCUGUUCUGUGGCAAUAUCUGUGAACCUCUUCUUCGCAGGGAUCUUCACGAUCGUUUUCCCUUUCAUCAAUGAAGCCCUUGGGUCUGCGGGGACUUUGUACUUACUAGCGGGUCUUAACGUUGUUGCGUUUGUGUUGAUCUUUCUCGUAGUCGAAGAGACCAAACAGAUCAGCUUGGAAGAGCUCAGCCAGAUUUACGCUGUCCCGAAAUGGAAGUUCAUGCAGUAUCAGGUCAGGGAUAAUCUUCCAUAUCUCGUCAAACGGUAUAUCGUGAGAACGUGGAAAGACAGAGAACCACCAACCUUUUACACCAUAGUUGUCGAGCCGUACCACGUCCAUGAGCUGAGACUUAGAGAACACGUGUGGGACCUGUCGAGCGAUGAUCAGGGGUCGCGCUGA